AUGGCCAACACCGAAGUCACUUACCUCUACAAGGAGGCGCGACUGAAUCUCGAGCCGGCAUUCCCAGGAUCCACCAUCCACCUCACCCUCCCCAGCUUGACUGCACCCACCUUCGGAUCGCGCCCACAACCAAAGCGAACCAUCGUCCAUGAGAAAUACACCGAUCAGGAUGAGGAUGCAUUUGCACGGAAAUACCUGGCCAGCGAGGCUUCAAUAUAUUUCCGGCGAAGGCAGAAAUACCCGCGAAGCUUCCUGUGGAGAAUCCUCGACGAUCGCAAGGUGCUGGAGAUACAAUCGAUAGACUUCGAUCAGGAUAUAGACAAUCAGACCGAGGCGAAUCUGACGCUUCGUCUUCAAUUCCCCUCGCCAAUUCGGCCUUUCGGCAUAGCGUUCGACGAACCAGAUGAUCAGGAUGCGUUGACUGCCUUUGUUGUGACGGCAUCCAAGGAGCUGUACACCCUCAAUUUACACCGCGAUUUCUUCAUGCGGGAGACUGCGACAGAAUUGGACGUUGGAGCUUGGUGCAAGAUUUAUGCGCCUAGUGCAUUUCGCAUUCGAGACCCGUACCGAAUUGUUGCUGUGAGCGAUCGGGACCUGCUCAUUUCCAUGCAAGAUGGAGGGAUCCAGCGCAUGACGAGAGGACCGGGGCAUGAUGGUUCGACAUGGAGCGAAAUUGGGUUCAAGAAAGACAACUGGUCUCUGAAGAGUCUCGUUACCUGGAAAGGAAGCAAUUCUGUCAGAUUCAACAACACCGAUCUGGACGGCUCUGCAGCAGCUGCCAUCGCCCUGUCACCGGAAAGCGAUUAUAUCUUUACGGUCUGUUUAGACCACGUCCUUCGAGUCUGGAAUGCAAACACCGGGAAGCUCCCCUUGCAAGAGGACCUGCUGAGAGACAGUGAUGCAAUUUCGGACAAGUCAUCUCAAUACUUCAUUGGACCAUCGCAGCCAAUGCUCAUGCAGAUGAUCAAUAUUCCGGGAUACGGCAUGGACGGUGUGGAAUACCAUCUGGUAACAUAUUCUCCAAAGAAGCAUCAGUUCAAGUUCUGGGGAAUCAGAAAUCCCGAAGAUUCUGUGAACGGCAUCAAGGAUAUUCAGAGUGGAUUCGCCUUCAUUCCACCCGUCGACGAGUUGAUGAACACCACAGUUUGGAAUCUGGAAGAAUUCUAUAUCAAAGCAACACCGGGAUGGAGAGGAACCGAGCUCUGGAUACGGGCUAGAUCAGGCCCCAGCAGCAAGAUUUAUUCUCUCAAAUUCAGUCUGGACGACAGUGAUGAGAGACUGGCCAGUGUUUGGAAGCAUGACUGGGUAUCUAUAGACUCUGGGCCGUUGACCGUGGAAGGAUUGAAGUCUAAUCCGACGAACCCAGGCGAGCUUGAAUCUUUGAUCCCAAUCAUUCAUAACCCGAGCGUAACGGAGCAAUGGCUUGACUUUUUGCUGUUCCCGGGAAGGUUUACGACAGCGACAUUGGAGACGGCACUUCUCGUAUACAGGAAAGGAGUUGAGCAGAGACAGACACCCAGCAACUCGAGCAAAGCUCCGUUCAAGGAGAGGCUAUGCGCAACAGUUGCUUCUUCCGUCGCCCUGAGCAGGCAAAAUUUCACGAAGGUCGACUACGAGGAGCACGAGACUAGCCUAAUGGCCCAAUGGCAGAUGUUCUAUGGCCUUGUCCGGGACCUUCACAAGCGUAGAGGCGAAGUGCUGUCUUUGGUCUUCGAUUACGACCACGAUAUGCCAUGGCUACUACUAUCAGACUACGCUUCAGCGAUUCGAAAAGGCUGCGAAGUAGAUAUCCUGCGCUCCAACCAGCACAUUCUCGGGACUACAGAACACCUGCCUCGGCCACUGCGAUCCGCGCUCCAGGACGAAGAAUCGCAAGAUGUUGCCAGAUUGCUGGCCGCUGCCAGCCAAUUCCGAAAGGGCUUUGGGGCAACCUUCAAGCACCAAUUUCGGGCCAUUAUCACGAACGAGAUGUUACAGAGCUCAUUACUGGCUAUACCUUCCCGAAUUGAGGCUAUUGACCAGACGUGCAAACUCUGCGAACAUGUCUCCGAUGAAGACUUAGCGAAGCUCGGCGAAGCUCUCGGACCUAUGGACUUUGUAGAUCUGGACAAUAGUCUUAUCAUCAAAGCACUUGAAACACUCAUUCAAGCGGAGGCUGGUCGAGGGAUACCAAAGAAGCAGAUAACUCAAUAUGGACUGCGAGCUAUCUCUCGAAUAGCGCAGGAGACCCUUGAGAUUACAGUCGAUGUGCUCUUGGAUCUCAUGGUGCUGAUCAUUUUCCUGCACAUCGACAUCGACCCCGCAGACCGUUCGGACGAGUUCAAUGCCCCAGAACUUUUCACAGCGAUAAUGGACCAACUGAAAGAUAACUCGGUGCUGAUAUGGAUGGGUAGCACACUGUGGUCGCAUCCAGUACCGACAGGCGCAAGCUCAACCAAAACCCUGAGCUUGCUGGCUGAAGAUUCCAGGUCCUCUGGCGGAUUGCCCUCGAUCUCUCAGACUGUCCUUGAAGGAGUUGCUGGUAGCCGCACGUUUAGUUUUCCUAUCCCAAAGUUGCCUCUAUCUGAGGUCCUUACUUACUGGGCUCGUAUGUGGACGUCCGAACCAUUCCGGAAUCAGGAGUAUGAUCAUCUCGUCAAUGACGUCCUAAACAUAUUGAUACAAGAGAAGGAGAUUGAGCUAGCUUCGGAUUUUUUGAGAUUCGUACCACAGAACAACUGGUCGACGUAUCUAAAUGCUCGCUUGUGUCUUUUGAAAGGGGAAUACACUUUGGCAGCUAUCUACUUUAAGAAGGCGUCGUUCACUCUCGCUAUCGGAAUUUUCAGUAUCGAUGACAGUGAUGACGGCAACUUCAUCAGGGUCGAUGAACGAGAACUCUUCUCUGAUGGCCUACCAAACUACUACCUACAUUGUAUCAGUCUGUUUGAGAAGGCCAAGGCACACGCGUUCGUUGCGGAGUUUGCGAAGCUGGGAUUGCAGUCACUGAUUGGGGACGAGCCAGACGCUACAAAGACAGAACUGCUCUCGCGACUGUUCAACGCCUCUAUACAGACUUCCCGAUUCGAGGAGGCCUAUACCGCAUUAUCCCGCCACACGGAUACCGCAAUGCGAAAAGCAGGUCUGCACAAGUUGAUCACUUCCAUGGUCACCCGGUCUCAAGGCCCUGCACUUCUCAAAUUCCCCUUUGCUAGCCUCUACAAUGACGUCGACAGCAUUCUUGAAUCGCUUUGCCAGAACACACUCAAUAUCUCCACAGGUCCGCCAUACCACAAGAUCCUCUAUUCCUUCCGCAUCUCCCGUAAUGACUUCCGCGGCGCGGCUUCCAUUCUCUAUCAACGACUGCAACGGCUACAAACAACGUCAUCGAAAUACCACGAUCCCGAGGAUGGCUCACUAACGCAAGCGUAUCUAAUGCUCAUCAACACCCUAUCAUCAGUUUCUCCGGAUCAAGCAUGGAUUCUCGCGGAGCCGCGCGUGGACGAGAGCGUUGCGUCGUGGGGCAUUGGGAGGGCCAAGGGUGUAUUGCAGCGCAGGGUCAUCACUCUGCCUGAUCUGAGGAAGGAGUAUCAGGCGGAGCUGGACCGGGCGGCGGCGAUGGAAAAUGGACAGUUUGCAUUUGCGGGCGGGGACGAAAUGGAUGUUUUGUGAGCUAAAAGCAAGGGGCUUUGGGAUUCUUAGCGCGGCGUUUGAGGGAUGUAAGACUACAACGGGGCGGCAGGAUGAAUGGUGGGCAUUGGAAUAAUAUUUAGUGAACUCCAGAGUCUCUGAAAGCCAUCGAUCACUCGUUUGUCACGUGCAAUCGAACUAUCUGCCAUUAAACGCGAAAGUGGUGCG